AUGCCCAACGUCUCCACGGUGAGGGAAUUCCUCCUGCUGAGUUUCUCAGAAGUCCGGGAGUUGCAGCUGGUCCAUGCCGCGCUGUUCCUACUGGUCUAUCUGGCGGCCCUGACCGGUAAUCUCCUCAUCAUUGCCGUCACUGCCUUCGACAGGUGCCUCCACACCCCCAUGUACUUCUUCCUCUGGAACCUGUCCAUCAUCGACCUUUGCUACAUCUCCGUCACCGUCCCCAAGUCGGUCGUCAUCUCACUGACUAAUCAUAGAUCUAUCUCCCUCCUGGGAUGUGUGGCCCAGGUCUUUUUGGUGGAUCUGUUUGCUGCUUCAGAGCUGUUAGUCCUCACCGCGAUGUCCUACGAUCGCUAUGCCGCCAUCUGCCGCCCCAUGCACUAUGAACUCAUCAUGAACAACACAGCCUGUGGAAAGAUGGUGGCCGCAUCCUGGCUCAGCGGCCUGCUCAUUGCCGUCCUGCUUUCAGCUUCGACAUUCUCCCUGAGAUUCUGUGGGUCCAGCAUCGUCCAGCAGUUCUUCUGUGAUGUCUCUCCCUUGCUGAAGAUCUCCUGCUCCGAGAACCACGUCGCCAUCGAUGUGAGCAUCAUCAGUGGGGUAGCUUUAGGUGUUGUCUGCUUCAUCUAUAUCGUCAUCUCCUACGUGCACAUCUUCCAGGCUGUGCUGAGGAUGCCGGCCUCCGAGAGCAGGGCCAAAGCAUUCUCCACCUGCCUGCCCCACUUCACCGUCUUCACUGUCUUCCUCUUUAUGGCCAUCAUCUCCUAUCUCAAGCCCGUGUCAGAUUCCCCCUCGACCCUCGACCUGUUGGUGUCCGUGUUCUACACCGUGGUGCCCCCCACCCUGAACCCCCUCAUUUACAGCCUGAGGAAUCGGGACAUGAAGGCCGCCCUGGGGAGAGUCCUAAAGAGGAGUUUCCGCCUCCCUUCUUUAAGAGACAAAAUGUCUGUUUCCUUUUGCUGA